AUGGACGUCAAGAGAUCAUGUGACCGUUGCCACGCUAUUAAGGAGCGCUGUGAAUGGAGUCAUGGGUUGAACGCCUGCAAGCGAUGCGUGCGCCUACGACAUGUCUGCAAGAGUGUCCGCCCCGUGAAGCCGCCGGGGCGGAGACCUCAGUCGUAUAAACGCAUGUCGCCUCCGAGCGAGCCAGAAGUGACCUCUCCUCUCUCUACAGUCAUCCUGGAUAACAUAUGUGCGGAUGAGCGGCAGAUGAUCCAUCGAAUGGUAGAAUCCAAAAGUCUUGAGCGUUUCUUGAUCGGCCCGACCUUCCUAAAGAACCACUGCCAGCUGGUCAUGUCACAGCUGUUUUAUUCAACAGUGGAGCUCAAGGAUGCUUUGCUGGCUUCCUCGAUAGCUUGGACGGACGAGGUGGGAGAGUCUCACGACUGCUAUCGCAAAGCAUCCUCAGCAAUCUGUACCCUCUCGGAAUUUGAGAUUCGGGACGAGGCCGAUGCUUCCAUGUGCCUUACUCUGGGCGCUCUACUGCACACAUUUGCUCUCAAACUCAGGGUCGACGACAUUUUUACGAUAUGCACGCAGACGCUUGAGCGCAUCAAGCCAUUAUACGAGUCGAAACCAUACAUCGAGCCAUCAAAACUAUAUAUGCUAACAUGUAUGGUAUUUGGGGAGCUGUUCGAAUGCCUGCUUCGAUGCCAAGUGCCUCCACUCAGAUACAAGCCCCCUGCUGACCAGUCUUACGUCGACCGAUAUGCGGGCGUGUGCGUCACCCUCCUGCCACUACUGCACGAUAUCUGCGAGCUCAGCCAUGCUAUGUCGUUUGCCGACGAGAGUGAUAGGGCAGAUAUCCUGAAUGCCCUCGAUGAUGUGGGUCGGGCUGUGGCUGACUGGAUGCCACCGGUGCCUGGCUCAUUCAUGGCAACCUACACAGCCUCUGAGACGAUGCACAUGCUUUGCCAGGCGCAGGUAUUACAGACAGCGGCUCUUAUUGUCAUACAUCGAUUACGACAUCCGUAUGGCUCACAGGAUGAGCCUGCCUUAGCGAUGGCCUCGGCCAUCAUGCGGCAGCUGGAUAUGACACAGCAAGUCACCGGUGGCAAUGUCAAAUGUGUUGACCUAGCCGUCCUGGUGGCUUGCUUCGAGUUCCAGGGAAAGGAUCGAUUACGCGAGCAACACAGAAUGCCCGACCUCGUCGGAUACUCAGACAAACACAAGAGACGGAUCCGAGACAUCAUUGAGUCAUUCUGGUCAGCGAGAGACAGUGGGAAUGUUUUGUACUGGUACAACCUGGCGGGUGCUGUUCAGCUAAACACAACAUUACCAUGA